CAUGUGAUAUUCGCGUCUCUUUCUGUCUUCUGGUUUCUAGUUUAUCGAAAACUAAAAUGUAGUUUUCUUUUCUUUCAUUAUACCUAACCAUUAUUUGGAUAGAUUACAAUUUGACAAUUUCAUGGAUCGUGUCUCGUGAAGUGUGUGGUUUAUAGAAAUAAUAAAUUUGCAUUGGUGUUGAAUGUUACGUGUACUUACAAUUAAUAUUGUUUUCUGAUAAAGUAAAUUUUAAAUUCACUAUUACUACAUAUUAGGCGUGGUGCCUAAAUUUCUUCAUUUUAAGGUAAAAUGUUAUUUAUUAGCUAAAUACUUGCCUAUUGUUUAGUAAUUAAAAGUAUUUUGAUAUUUAAAUAAGUUUUUGCACAGAAGUAUAAUACAUAAUUUAUUACUGUUUUAUUAAGUAUUCAGGUAGCGCCCAUUAGGUACCUAUUUUUUUAAAUUUUAGUUUUUGUAUUUUAAUUGAACUUAUUUGUUAGAAGUACCUAGAUAACCUUACCAAGUAUUGUAACUGUACUGGUACCUAAAUAGACAUACAGUACUACAUUAUUAAUUUAUGUGUACAUAAAUGUGUAUAUUAUUUAAACCUGAGAUAUUUUGUGUAUUCUAAUUCCAUAUGAGUUAUGAAAGUAGUUAGAUAAAAUUAAUAAAUCAUUAAGUAAAAUGUGGUUCAAAUUGAUCUAUACUGACUGUAACUACUCUGUACUACUUAUAAUAGUAAAUACAUAAUUUAAUGGCAGUUGAUUUAGUUGAUAAUUUAGGUAUUUUUGCAUUUAUUUCAGUAUACAAUGAAAAUAUUUUUAGGUCUUUCUUUUGACUAUAACAAAAUUAUUUAUCAAAAAUAUUGUUGUUUAACAACAUAGGUCACCAAUAGGCUUCUCAAUACUAAAUGCAUCAAACAUCAGUUUCCUUCAAAAUACAUUUUAUCAUUAUCUUCCAUUUAUAUUAAUAUAUUUUACAAAAUUUAGUUUUUACAGUAAUAUUUUUAUAAUAUAUAUAUAUUUGUUGAUAAUACUAAACAAAAUAUAUAUUGAUAAAUAGGUGUAAAAUUAUAAUUGUAGACGUAAAAAUGGUAAAUCUUUUUUUUAAAGUUUAGAAAUAUUUUGGUAUUGUAUUGAAGUGAAAAUUAUAAUUUAUUUACAAAUUGAAAUGUAUUUUUGAUUUUUAAUAAUGUAUAUAUAAUGAGAAUAUUGAUAUAAAUGUAGUUUAGGGCACAAGCUUGUUUUUCAAAUUUGUUUUUUUUCUAAAAGUGUGUUUUUACGUGUACAUUUAGAAUAUAUAUAUAAAAAAAAACAAAGUCUGAAGCACUUCGUUUAGAAGUUAUGUGGGGAAACUUCAUAAAGUUUGGGUUUUCCAUUCUGUGCAUUUUUUGGUUAGAAUUUAAAAUUUAAACAUUUUUUUUAUUUCCAAAAUGUAUAUUUUUAACUGCUUAAUUCAUAGGUAUUAUCAAAACUCCACACUGUUACCUACCCGACAUGGUUUUACAUAACAAAUCGAGGGUUAUUUACAAUUAAAAUUGUCUGAGUGAGCACAGUGUAACACGGCUUGUUUGAACAUUUAUAACUCUAAAACUAAGCUAGAUAGACUUAUUCUGACUUCAAUAAAAAAAACUUUGUUAUCAAAUUAUCAAUAACUAUAAAUAAUAAUAAUAAACAUAAAUGUCUAUUUUUGAUCACAUUUUGGAUUAAUUCCGAAAAUGCUAUUUCUAAAGGAUUAUGUACACAAACUAUAAAGGUAAGUAUGAUAAUUAAAUUGUGAUUAUAUUAAUGGAUCAAGCAUUUAAAAACACAUUUUAGAGAAAAAAAAAAUUGAAAAUGUUAAAUUCUAACUUGAAAUACUCAUAACAGAAAAUCCUUAAUUUUAUGAAGUUUUACUUAUUAAGAACCUUAUUUCCAAAUUAGGUUCAUUCAACUUUUUUUUUACAUUUUUAAUAUACACACACAAACAUAUUUUGAAAAAAAAAAUGAGAUUGGGUAGUGAACUACAUUUGUUUCAGAAUUUUAAUUAAUGAUCAAUACCUACUUAGUUAUUUUUUAUUUAUUUCAACACUUUAUUUAUGAUAUUUUAUUAACUUUAAUUACUUAUAUUUUGUAUAAGUAGUAAAUGGAUGAUUCUAGUUUAAUGGAUCCUAUAGUGGAUUCAACUCGGCAAGAAUUUAAUGAUAAUCAGAAUAGCAUGACUUCGUUUGAAAAUGAAAAUAUAGAUUCUAAUGACCAAGAUAGCAAUAUGAAUUCAAAUCGACAAGAUAAUAUGAAUUCUAAUAACCACGAUCCAUUUGAUCAGGAGAAUGGACAUUCAAAUAUUGAAAACGAACAGUCAUUUGAUGAUAAUGGAAGGGGUUCAUUUAGGUAUUAUUAAUUUACAUUAUUAUUUAUACCAUAAAAUACAUUGAACUAUUAUUUUAUGUAUAUAUUUUUUAAUAGGGACUUUGGAGAUGGAAAUGGUCAGUUUGAUAAUAAUUUUGUAUCAUCCGAGUAUAGGAGUGGAUCCAAUUGGACUAAUAAUAAAGGAAGCAAUGAUGCUGGAAGAUUUGGAGGAUUUAGUAACAAUAAUCCAAAAGGAUCUUCUAAUUAUCGAGGUGGUGGUUCAUAUGGUUUUAAUAGCCCCACAAAUGGAGGUUUUAAACCUCAAAGGAGUAGAUGGUCUUCUGAAAAUGCAGAUGAAAACUGGAAUGUUGCUCCUCAAGAUUCAUCUCCAAACAUGAUGAAUGGACCUCCUCCGACAUCUCAAGGAGUUCAACAAUUUGGAGAAAAUCAAGCAUCACCAUUUAAUGAACAAGAUGGUACCGGGCAAUCUAGUGCCCCACCAACUAAUCAAUUACCUUCAUUGCUACAAGUAUUAUUUUAAAAAAUAUAUAUGUAUAUAUUUGUUUUAUUUUUCUAUUUUAAUUAAGACUGGACUUAUCUUUCAUUGAUAUAGAUGCCACCUGUGAUGCCUCCAAAUAAUAGUGUCCCUCAAGGACCACCUACACUUGGUGCUGGGGAAGUGUGGAUUGAAACUAAAUCUGGUGAUGGAAAAUCAUAUUAUUACAAUGCUAGAACACGUGAAACAACUUGGGACAAACCAUCAGGGCCUAAUAUUACUGUUAUUUCACAGGAACAGGUACAUUUAAAAAUAAUAAUCAUAAAAUAAAAUAAUAUUUUGAAUGUUAUAAUUAUUCUCAGGUUGAAAAUCUUGGAAAUACAAACUAUAUUAAAUCUAAUGAAUGUGAGCAAACCCCCAAAGAUCUUGAAAUCAAUAAAAUUGUUGAAGAUAAAUUACAUGGUAAUAAAUAAUAUAUUAGAAAUUAAAUAAUUAAUUAUACAAAUAUUAAACUAGAUUUCAAGAAUGUGUAAACUUUUUUUAGGUAACGAGCAAGGCUCUUUAAUGCAUCCUCCAAAUGUUGGAAUUCCUCCAUUAGGUGCAGUUCCUGGUCAAAUGAUGCCCCCAAUGAUGGGUCCUCCACCUGGUAUGAUGCCUCCUAAUACUAUGAUGCCACCUCCAAAUUUUCCACCAUUUGGUGGACCACCACCAUUUGGUAUGCCUCCCCCAGGAUUUCCACAAGCAGCUGCUCCAUGGGGUAUGAUGCCUCCAGGAUUUGUUCCUCCACCUAUGAUGAUGCCUGGAAUGGAACUUAAUAACAAGGUAUGACUUUUAUAGCAUGCAAUUAAUAAGUCCAUCCAUAUUUAACUAUAAAUAAAUAAUGUAUAGAUUGAUCCAGUAAUUUUGGCUAACGCUGCUGAAUGGUCUGAACAUCGUUCGCCAGAUGGACGAAUGUAUUAUUAUAGCAUGAAAACUUCAGAGUCAGUAUGGGAAAAACCAGAAGCUCUUAGAAAUCUUGAUGGUGAGUUAAUUAUUAUUAAAUGUUUCAAUAAUACAAUUUUUAAUAUGAAUAUAUAUUUAGUGGCAAGAGAAGUUGCUGCUGCAAAAUUAAGAAAGGAAGCUGAACAAAAAAUGGAACAAAAGUCAGAUUCUCAAAUGGACAUGAGUUUCCCCCCUCAGUUAAUGAAUGGUUCUAAUUCAGAUCUUGGUACAUUUAAAAGAAAAGAUGAAGAACUCCAAGAGGCUAAUAAAAAGGCAAAAAUUGAUGAUAAAACCAAAGUAAUAGAAAAACUUAAAGUUCAAGACAAAACUAGACCGGUUUCCAGUACACCUGUUGAUGGAACUCCAUGGUAAACUCACUUGUCUCUUCAAAUUUAAAAUUUUAUUAAAUAAGGUUUUGAUAAAGUUACCAUACAGAUGAUCAAUUUACUAUAACACUUCUUUGCUAGAUAAUAUUAUUUUCAUUAGUAUUUUCUUCUUAAUGCAAAAUUAAAAAUAUUUGGUCCGAUGAUAACUUGUUACUUUUUAAUUCUCAAUAAAUGAUUGAAUAAUGUAAAUAAAAAUAUUCCAUCUGUAAGGUGGACAUGCCACCUAUAGCCAUAUUAACUUUUUCCUAUCGAUUUUUGAUUUGAUUUAUCUACGUUUAUUGAAAAAAAUUAAAACAACCAUAGAUACAUUAUAAGUUUACCAAUUUAUAGUUAAAAUUUCAAAGUUUUAGGAACAUUAUUGAAUGAAUAAUUAGUAUUAAUAUUAUUAAUAUCCAUUUUCCUGUUUUAUAAUCAUCUUAUGCUAUCUAUGUUUUGUAAUUAUUAUAGUCACAAUUUAAUUUAAUUAAUAUAGAUUAAUACAAAGAUGAAUAACUAUAGUAUGACUUAUUAAAUUAUAAAAUUUCACUAUUUACAAAUUAAAUAAAAUUGAGUGGCUAUAGCAAGGAUACUGGUCUUACUCCAUCCUACCAUUGACUAAAAAUGUAAUGUAUUUUCAAACAAAAGAAUUUAAAAAAAAAAUGUAUAUAGGUGUGUAGUGUGGACAGGAGAUGGCCGUGUGUUUUUUUUUAAACCUUCAACUAGAACAUCUGUCUGGGAAAGACCUGAUGAUCUAAAAGGAAAACCUGAUGUUGACAAAAUGGUGUCAAAUCCUCCAGAAGCUGUCCAAGUUUUAAAAUUAGCUGAAGGGCAAUCGCCCUCUAAAAAAACAAAGACUGAUGGUAAAAUUAACUAUUUAGUAAAUAAAUGAUCAAUAAAUAUUUUCAAGUAAAAUUUAAAUAUUAAUCAUUUUUAGAAAAACAUACACAAGAAGGUAAUAAUACUAAAAAUGACACAGAAUCCAAGGUAAAUUUAAUGAAGGAUUCAGCCAUGGAAGCAGAACUAAAAGCAUCUAGAGAAAGAGCAGUAGUGCCAUUAGAGACUCGAAUAACACAGUUUCGAGAAAUGUUAUCUGAGAAAGAGGUAUAUACAUUUUUAAACUAUUAAUAAAAUAUAAUUGUAUAAUUUUGAUGAUAACUUUAUAAACUUUGCAAUGAUAAUACAUAACUAUAGGUAUCAGCAUUUAGUACAUGGGAAAAGGAAUUGCAUAAAAUUGUAUUUGAUCCUCGAUAUUUGUUAUUAACAUCAAAAGAACGAAAACAAGUAUUUGAGAAAUAUGUUAAAGAACGUGCUGAUGAAGAAAGACAAGAAAAGCGCAAUAAAAUGAAAAUGCGUCGUGAAGCUUUUAGAAUUUUGAUGGAAGAAGCUAACCUUUCAACCAAGUAAGUAAAAUUAAAUUAAUUUAAAUUUUACUUGUAUAUCAUUAUUAUAUUUGUACAGGACAUCAUAUAGUGAAUUCAGUUCCAAAAAUUCUAAGGAUGAAAGGUAUAAAAAUAUUGAAAAAUCACGUGAAAGAGAAGGAUUAUUUAAUGAAUAUAUGGUAGAAUUAAGGAAACAGGAAAAAGAAGAAAAAGCGUUGCGCCGUGAACAGGUCAGUCUGCAAUUUUAUUUUAAUUAUAUAACUGUAAAUUGUUCAUUAGCUAUUUGAAAUUGCCCAUUGUGUUUGUACAAUUUUUUUUUUUAUUAAACUAUGUAACUAGUAUUCUAUUAAUUUUAAUUAUAUUUACUGAUUUGAUUAACUAUUAACUAAGUUACUUAGAAAAUAAUAUUAGAAUAAUAAACCAGAAAAUAUUAUUGUACAAACACAAAUAAUUUAAUUUAGUUUAAUUAAGAUUUACCUAAUAUCACAAUAAAAACUAUUAAAACGUUUGUAAUAAAUUAAUGAAUCUAAAAUAAGUAAUUUAUACUUAUUAUUUUCAGAUAUUAAUAAUUUUCAGGUGCUAUAUAUGGUAUAUGGACAAAAUAUCAUUAUUUAAUAAUACACAUAGACAUAGGUAUAUCCUUAAUACGGAUAUUGUAAUGUGGUAUUAUUAUAUUAUAGAUUAAAUAUUGUAUAUUUAAUCUAUGGUAUUAUGUUUUAAUUCAGUUUUUAUAAAGAAUUAUUAAAUGAAAUUUAUUUUAUUUCUUACAAUUUUAGUUAUUUUUGAUAUUUUGUCAAAGUUAUAACUUUUGUAAUCAUUAUAUAAAAUUUCAGAUUUUUUUUUUAUUAUAGCCCAUUUUUUUCAUAGAAAUUAUUUAAAGUUAUUAAAUAUAAUACUUAGUAUGUAAUUGAAUAAUAAGUUUUAGGUAAGUCAUUGAUAAAAUAAAAUAAAUUAUAUUAUGAUGUUAAAUACACUUUACUAUUUUUAUUUACAUUUUAUAUUAAAAUAUUAUUUAUAACAUUGAUAUGGUUAUUCUUAAAAAUAAUUAAUUUUUAUUCGUAAUCAGUUCUCAAAAUUUAGGCAAUUGCUUGAAUUAAUUAUUUUCUACAAUAAUAAUAAUUAACAAAAAAAAGGAAUCAUUGAAAUAAUAUAUGCCCCAGAAUUUAAAUGCAAAUUAUAAUAAUAAAACUUUAUUUAAUUAAUUAUACAAACAAAUUUUAUUUGAAUAAAAACAUAUUUGUAGUAUUUUAAUAUUUUUUAAGUAUUUAUUUUUUCUAAAUCCUAAAUUUAUUCUUGAGUUAUUAAUUAUAAUAAAAAAGAAUUAAAAAUCAUUAAUAUUUAAAAAUUUGCUAAAUUCCGUAUAAAAAUAAAUAAUAAUUAUAAUUCAUUUUACAUCCCAGAAAGUAAUUUUUUAGAAUUUUUUAUAGACAAUUUAAGAAACAAGUAGUUCUACAAUUUUAAAUUUAUGUUAUUCUUGGAUGUAAAACUACUGUCAACCCAUUGAUGAGAUAUUCUAUUUUUAAGUUUUGAUUAAGGAAGAAUAUUGGAGUACCAUUUGUGUUGUAGCAGUGUGCGCAGCAUGUUAAUAAUGCAUUAUCAGUUACUACUCUCCCUUUACCCAAACUUAAAAUUAGAAUAUCUUGUCAAUAGGUUGACGGAAAUCAAACAUUUUAACAUCAAUAUUUUUUAACUUUUGUUCUUUUUAUAGAAUUUGUAUUAUAAGUUGCUAUUUGAAAAUCAAAAGUAGGUAGUGGUUUUAACCCCAAAAAAAGGUAACAAAAAUAAUAAAAAUGUAAAAUUAUUUAGAGCUGCUUGUUUCUUAAAUGUUGUAUAAAACAUUCCAAAAAAGAGUUAAUACUUCUGAGAUAAUGAGUUUACUCACUUAAAUGUAUCACCUUGUAAUCAAUCUUGUUUUGUUUAUACAGACAAAUUAAAUUAUUAUUUUGGUAUAAUUAUGUACUAAAAUAAUCUAAUUUAUAAUAAUAUUUAUUUAAAAAAAUGGGCUUCCUAAUAAUUUAUUGUGCCAUAUUGUAACUAACAUCUUACAUGAAUACAGUAUUCUAUUUUAAAAUAGAUAGAUCACUGAAAUUUUAGUAUUAAAAUCAUAAAUUGAUAAAAAGGUUUUUUAUUUUUAAUGAGAUACAGUGUUUGCAUGCAUCUAUGAAUGAAAUUUGAAUAUUGACUUUAGUUUGUUAAAAAUAAAAUGGUGAUAUGAAUGUUAGGCAUGUAUGUAUAUUUGUAUACGUCAUAAGUUUAUUUGUCAUUUCUACAAUCAUCACUGCCAAUAGUUGGAUCACCUUGUAACAUAAAACCUAGAUGAUGGAUAGUUUAAUGCAAUCCUGCCGGCGCUAAACAAACCUAUUCAAUCACCAGAAUCGAGGUAACACCUUAUAAAUUUUUUUUAAUUUGGAUACAAACGGAUAACUCAAGUUUACUGUACUGUUUAUCCUGUAUUACUUGCCAUUAAGGGAAUUUGGAUAUCUUGUUUUGAUGAUUUUGAAGUGGUACUCCAAGCAGAACAAGAAGAAUGGACUGCAGAAAAAUCAAAGUAUCAUUAGCAUUAAAAAAAUAUCAAAUUUUUAAAAUAUAAAAAUUGAACUGGUACUAAUCAGGCUGGCUGCUAAGUAAUUAAAUAUGUUGUUUUUUGGUUUCUUGAUUAAUCAUUGCUUCAAGCAUAAUAUUUUAAAUAAUGAAAAAACUUUAUUAUUUUAUAGCAAUAUUAGAUAUUUUACCCGGGUUGUAAAAAAUUUUAAUAUUUGAGUAUUUCUGUCUUUAUUUCUGGUAUGAUUAUUUAGAACAUUUGACAGUAUGAUUGACAUAAAAAGACAUUUAAAUGAUUACUAUUUAUAAUAAAUCAUUUGUUUUCACAAUUUAUUUUAAGCGGUAGCAAAUUUCAAAAUUUUAGUUGUUUUAGAUUUCAUACUUCAAGGAUUUUAUUUAAAAAUGUAUACAUGUAAUUACAUAAUGUAAUGUGAAUAAAAAUAUUGGUUUAUCUUAAAAUAUAAUGUACUUAUUUAUUUUUGGUUGUUUUACUGAAAAAAAAAGUUAUUCUCUAGACAGAAAUAUUUGUAAUUUUUACAAAAAAAUAAAUAUAAUUGUAUUCAUCAAUAUUUAUAAAAAUUAAUAUUUUACUAUGUUUAAUAUGUUAGUCAAAAUUGUAUUUUGAUAAAAAUUAUACUUUUGUUUAUUUGUUGAAUUCUAUAACCAUUAUAAUUCAAAUAAAAAGUUAAAUUAGUUUUGGAAAACUUAAAUAUUAGUAUAAUUACUUAUAUAUAUAUUAUAUAUAACUAAUCCUCCAAUUUCUAUGACUUGAUAUUUUGAAUUGACGUAGUUAUUUGUUAAAAUGUAUAUAUUUUCAGGUUUAUUUGUAUUUUUAUGUAUUGUCAAUAAUUAUCUAAUAAUACUAUUUUCAGCUUUAUUGAAUAUGAGAAAUCAAAAUUUUAAUUUUUGUAAUUACUAUAUGUUUGAAAAAUUGAAAGCAAUUUUAAAAUAAAUUAAAUGUAUAAUUUGUAAGUACAUUUUGAUUUUUCAUGUUUAUAUUUGAUUGUUUAUGUAUUUUUUUAAAAAAAAAAAAUACAUGGAGGUAUAAUAUAAUUAUAUUUAAUUUUAAUAAUUUAUAUUUAUACUAUUAUUGUUGUAUUUUUUUAAUGACUGCUUAUAAUAUGUUGUGAUUACCAUAUGAAUGAAUAUUUGUUAAAUGAUUUGGAAUGUUUUGUCUCAAUGAUAAUCUAAAAUUCCAAAGUAAUUUGUAACAAAUGUAUUUCUUGUACAUUGUCGAUCUAAUUAAAGGUUUCUGUCAAUACAUUUUAUAGGCUCGAAAGCAGUUUAUAGAAUUAUUAAAAGAUCACAGUGAAAUUGACCGCCAUUCUCGUUGGGCUGAGAUAAAAAAGAAAUUAGAUCAUGACUCAAGAUACAAAGCAGUUGAUUCCAGUACUUUACGUGAAGAUUACUUUAUUGAUUAUAUACGAGUUUUGAAGGAUGAAAGAAAAAAAGAAAAAGAAAGAGAACAUAAAGAUAAAGAUAAACAUAGCCAUAAACGAGAUAAACGUGACAAAGAAGAUAAAGAAUUAUCUACUAAAAUUGAUUCAAAAGUAAAUAUUACAUUUAAUUUGAACUCUGUUAUUAAUCAAUUUAAAAAAUAAAACAUUCGCUAAAAUUUUUAGCUAGACGAAAAGUCUCCAGAAAAACAAAAAGAAGAAUUAAAAGAACCCAAGGAUUCAAAAGAAGCACGAAUUGAAGCUAGUCUUAAAGAGCGUGAAAAAGAAGUGCAACGUACUUUAGCAGUGCAUUUGAAACAUAGAGAAAAUGAACGAGAACAACAUAAACAUGAUGAAGCAGUUGUACAUUUUAAUGCUCUUUUAGCAGAUUUGGUUGGGCAUUAAAUAUUAUAUUUAUAAGCAAAAAUUCAAAUCACAAAUAUUAUGAUUAUUCAAUUAUUUAGGUUAGAAGCAAUGACAUGUCUUGGAAAGAAGCUAAACGUCAAUUGAGAAAAGAUAGCCGGUAUGAAUUAGCAGAUUCUCUAGACUCUGAAGAAAAAGAAAAGUUAUAUAAGGUUCACGUAGAAGAAUUAUCUAAGCGUAAAAAGGAAAAAUUCAGGGAGAUGUUGAAUGAAAUAAGUGACCUGUCUUUAGAUAGUUCAUGGAAAGAAAUUAGAAAACUAGUUAAAGAGGAUGUGAGAUAUGUGAGAUUUUCAUCUAGUGAUAGAGUAAGUAAUACUAAAUUAUAAUUGUUGACAAUUAUUAAUAUAAUUUUUAUUUUUAGAAAUGUGAAAAAGAAUUUAGAGAAUAUUUAAAAGAUAGAGUAAUAACUGCAAAAAAUGAAUUCAAGAAUCUUUUAAUGGUAAAUCCUAAAUUAUAUUAUAUUUAUAUUUAAACUUAAUUGAUGGUUUUAACUAUUUUAGAUAAUUUUACUUCUGAUUAAAAUUGCUUUCUUAUUGCAUUCAUUUAAUAAAAGAGACUUGUCACUUAAUGUAUAAUUAUUAUUUUAGUUUAUGAGUGUAGUGAAGAAUUUAUUGGUUUUACUAUAAUGUUAAUUUUUUUUUAAAUCUUGCUUCAAUACAUGUAAGUGUGGUACCAUUUCUGAAAGGAAAUUUUGUCUAUAUGGUACUUAAAAGAGGUUAUUUUUUGAUUUUCCUAAACAGAAAUACUUUAAAUUUAACAGGUUUAAUUAGUCGUAUUUGAAAAUUUGAGCUUAAUCUUAAUGUCUUAUUUAUUUGUUGAAUGAAGGAAAUUUAGUAUCAAAUUUUGAUGAAAAUCAAAAAAAAUUGUUUGGAACCAAUCUAGUUACUGUUUAUGUUAAUUUAUCAUUUUUUUUUUUGCAUUUAACAUAUAUCUCAUUUGAUUUCAGGAAACUAAAUUGAUUACUCAUCUAUCUAAUGCAAAACUACAAGAAAACCAUGAAGCUUAUUUGAAAGAGGUUGAAGACAUAUUAAGCAAAGACAAACGAUAUUUAUUUUUGGAUAGUAUUAUUGAUGAACGUUCAGAAUUAAUUAUUUCAUAUAUAGAGGAAUUAGAAAAACGUGGGCCACCUCCACCACCUACAGCUACUGAACCCAAUCGAAGACCACCAUUAAAAUAAUUAUUUUUAAAACAAUUAUAGAACAAGUUAUUUCUGCUUUUAAUAACAUUAAGACAUGAUAAUUAUUACACAUUUUUAUAAUUUUUCAGACACGUUUUUGAAACAUGUUAAUUUUAUUAAAUUUAAUUGUAUUAUUAUUCAUUUUUUUUUUUUUUUAUAGGCACAUCAGUAAGUAGCAGAUAACAUGUUGUCCGUAUUAUUUAUUUCGUACUUCUGUCAGGAUGAACUCUUUUUAGGUUUUAAUAUUACUAUUAAUUUUUUGAUACAUUAAUAGUAAUAAUAGUGAUGUUUAUUUAAAUGGUUUUUCUUUUAUAAGAGUAAAUUUCUAACAAUAUGUUAAAUGAUAUUUGAAUAAAACUGGUUUUUUUUAUAUAAUUUAUGUUAUAUACACUAUUUAUUUCAACAUAAUUAAUAGUGAGGGGAAACUAAUUUAAAAUAAUAAUUUUUUUUCCCAAUUUUCAAAAUCUAAUAUGGUUCAUCUUGUCAGUGUUUUCUUAUUUGCGAAUGUUAAGUUUAUUCCAAGGGUAAAAAUGUAUAUUCUAUCUAUAACAGUUAAUGUAAAUAUAUUAUAUACAACUUCACUGACAAUAUUAUUCUAUGUUAAAACGUCUAUUACUUUCAUUGUCAAAUGUCUCCAAUAAUUCUUUCCCAUUUCGUUAUUCUUUUUGAGACUCUUAUGCCUAGAAAUAUCAAACCUGCAGUUUACUAUAUUUUGAUUUAUGAGCAGCCUGGAAGAUCAACCAAGGCUUCAAAAAAGUCAUUUUUAAAAAAAUGUUUACUAACUAAAAGUCAAAUUUUUUAUACUUUUUCACAUAUACAUUAUUAUUAUUACCUACACAAUUAAAAUUUAUUAAUAAUUAUCUUUAGCUAAAUUGUAUUUUGAAUAGUUUAUAAUGUCAAAAAUAUUAUAUCUAGGCAUGUCUGUGGGUGCAUCAUUAUUAUUAUUAAUCCCUGGAUAAGGGUGGUACAAUGACUAGGUAAUCUGGACGUGAACAUUUAACAACACCAACAAAAGGACAAAUAAUUGACACAUUGUUAUCUAUAACCCUAAUAUUUUAUUUUAAAAUUAUUUGUUUAAUUUUAUUAAUACAUAAUUCUAUAUUCAUUUAUACUUGUGUUAUAUUGUAUUUGAAUACUGAAGUCAUACAAAAAUAAAAUAAAUAAUGUUUAUUAUGUAGGGCUUAACUAUAUCAUUAGAGCCUGCAGAUAUUUUUUUUAUGAUGAAAAAAAU